UUGACUUAAUUUAGUACACAAAUAAGAAUUAUAAGUUGGUUCUGAUUCGGUGUUAUAUUUUAUAAAGUUACAAGAAUUCCAACAUAUUUUUUAUUUAAAAAUUCAAUUGCUACAUUCUAGUUAAGUGUAUAAUUUCAACUCGUUUUCUAACAAAUAUUAAAAAUGUCUAUAAGACCUGAGGACCAUCGACGAAAAUGGGACAAGGAAGAGUAUGAAAGACUUGCCGAAGAAAGGAUAAAAGAGGAAAAGCUCUUAAAGGAAGAAACAGAAAAUAAGAAAAAAGGCCCGCCAAUAAAAAGAGAGCUUUUAAAAACGCGAGAAUACAAAGUCGAUCUUGAUUCUAAACUAGGAAAAAGUAUCGUUAUAAAUAAAAACACACCAACUUCUCAGUCGGGAGGAUACUAUUGCAAUGUUUGUGAUUGCGUUGUUAAAGACUCUAUUAACUUCUUGGAUCACAUUAACGGCAAAAAACAUCAGAGAAAUUUGGGUAUGUCAAUGAAAGUAGAAAGAAGUUCUUUGGACUCCGUGAAGAGGAGAUUCGAAAUAAACAAGAAAAAAAUGGAAGAGAAAAAGAAGGAGUAUGAUAUGUCAUCUCGGUUACAAGAAUUAGCAGAAGAAGAAGAAAAAUUGAAGGAAUACAGAAGAGAAAAGAGGAAAGAAAAAAGAAAAAUUGAAGAAGUCAUUGACGAUGAACCACCAAGUGAACUAGCUAGUAUAAUGGGAUUUUCCGGAUUUGGUAGUUCUAAGAAAAAAUAAAAUAUUUGUUCAAUAAAGAAUAUCAAUUCUCA